AUGGCGUUCAACAUUCAGACACGCGAUCGCCGCCUCGCCAUUAUCGGCUCUGAGGACUCUGUAAGCUUAUUCAACCUUUGUAUGGCCCAUUCCGCGUCUCGCCACGAUUCCUUGUUUUUUCCAUUCAAGCUACAGAACACUUUGCUUCGGUGCAGCUGGCUGUCUUGUGUAUGCUCCUUUUCUGAUUAAAAAAGAGAGCCUAAAUUUAAGAACCUGCAAAGAAAAUGGCUGCGUGCAUCCACUAAGAAUAACUGCCGAGAUAAACGCGAGACACUGGCGGUACAUUGACGAGCUCGCAAACAUCUCGCUUUUUUUCUCGCGCCGGUCUCGCAUUUUUCUGGGCGCCAGCUCGCAUUUUUCUAGGCGCGAGCUCGCAUUUCUCUCGCAAUUUGAAAAUUUCCGAAGUGCGAGAUAUAUGCGAGAUCGCGCCAAGAAAAAUGCGAGGUCGCGCCGAGAGAAAUGCGAGAUCGCGCCUUGAAAAAAGCGAGAUGUUUGCGAGCUCGUCAAUGUACCGCCACCGACCUCGCUUUUAUCUCGUCAGUUAUUCUUAGUGUCGAAGCAAAUGGUACUGUAGAAAAAUUGUGAAAAGCUGGUGUUGAUCGGCUGAUUUGUGAUCAAUAUUCUGAGGAAAUUCGGACCCACGCAACGGUCGAUAGAUUUAUGAAAACGGCAUUCUCGUUGUUCAUUUUGAUCCCAUGAAGACAUACUUCCCACUAACCUUUUGAGGAUUUCGUUUCUGAAUGGUUAUUGAUCGUUGAUUGGACAUAUUGAUUGAAAGUUCUUUUUUUAAAAAGGUCAAAGUCUUGUUUUUUCAAGAAAUACUUCGUGCGAACUGUUAUUGGGUAAACAGAUUUUACAUCUUUUCAUAAGAAAAAACUUUCGGAAUGCAUUUAAAAGUUCGAAUUUUUAAAAGACCAUAUUUAGACAUUUAGUUAUGUGAAACAGUGUAGCUUUAAGUCGAAAUGAUUGUGUAAUUUGGCUCGUCUUUUUCAACAUAAGAAGGUGGACAAGUUUCCAGGAAAUCACGCGAAGUUCUCUGACCAGGAAAAGCUCGCCGGUGUUGGCUUUCUUUCGCUGGAUCAUCAGCGAACUUCUUGUCGAUGGAGCUUUCAUCGACUUUCUGCUUUCCACGCCUAUCGAACAUUCUUCACAGCUGUGCUUUGCUCUGCAAGCUGUUAGUCCAAAGAAGGUUCGGGGCUAAAAAAAAGGAAAAAGAAAAACGACCCGUCUAAGGUAUCUGUCCGUUUCGUGAGUCGAUUUCUGUCGCCGGAUCUGGCUCCUCAUAAUAGGUGAGUAACUAUGUACCUUCGGAUGAAGAUAAUUUGACUGAAUAUUAUUUUGAAAGUACUAUUUUUCACAAUUAUAACCUUUCAUUUUGUUUAGUUAAGACUCAAGAAAGAAGAAAAAAAAAAAGCUUUGAUUAACAUUUUUCGUUUUCAUGAAUCAGCAUCAGAAACUAAAAAUUCGAAAUGUGUCAUUAAAAAAAAAAAUUAGAGCCAAGAAAGUUUGAGAUGGUGAUAGAAAUGAGCUAAAUGAAACAAUUAGGCUUUCAGAAGGUGUUCCGAAAAAGGAAUAUCGUCUUAUUCUAUGUGACUCCUAAGCUCUGUGAAUAUUCGUUCAUUUUCAUACAAGGUCUAUCAAAAAGGAAAUUAACCAUAAGCGUCUUCAAACCGCUUUUCAUUCAUGACAAAAAAUAAUUUAAUAAGAGCAGGUCUGAAUUAUUCGCGCUUUGAUUCGCACGCGAAGGAGUAGGCUGACUAAUGGCUCAGUGGGAAGUGUGGAAAACAAGAGAGCUUGAUAAUUGUUAAGGCGCAGGGAAGGCGUUGGGAGCACUCUGGCUAGCAACCGGCGUUUUUUUUUUUGGCUUCUCGGCCUUUUUCAGUCUGUCGUCGACUUUUAUUUGCAAUUAUGAGGUCUUGCACCGUGAUUUUGAGUUGUUAAUUUGAAAAUAGAGCAAAAUUUGUCUCAUUACAAAGAAUUUAUUGUAGAAGAUAUCAGAAAAUCGCCACAGACAUUGGUAACGCGAAACGGACGUGCUCCCGACUUUUCUAGUGACCACUUUAGUAUCGUCAGCACUCUUAAGUGAUCCCUAGAGUUUCCCAGAAACGUCCGUUUGGCGUUACUAAUGUCCAAGGCAAGAGAGAUAAUUUUUGAUCGGAAAAAGAUUACUGGUUGUAAAGCUGAUAUGCUUGAAAAAGUUUUAAUUUUUGGCUUUUUCAAUUUGAAAUGCUUCUCUUUUUUUUAUCACAGGAAAAAUCUUCUCGUCUAUUUUAUUUUCUUGAAAAAUCCUUCACGAUUUGCGACCUUUACCCGGUUGAAGAAUUCUAAUUUCUUUGCUUCAAACUUUUAAGGCUCCCGCUUAACAUGAUUUGAUAUAUUCGUGCCCCUGAAAGUAGCUCUUCUCAGUUUAAUAAAGGUUCGAAGUUUUGACGUUUGCAGUCAAAUUGUUGCCAUCUACAUCGACCAUGGGAAGAUGAAGGCGUCGUCGCCAGACACACGGGCCUCUUCUGCACAAAACCGCUACGAGCGCAUCCGCACCGUCGGAAAAGGUUUUAAGACAAAAAAACGUUCAUCAAAGAUUUUUCUUGUAUUUUUCGACGUUUAUUCGGCCUUUUGAGUACUUUCUCUGUUAGAACGAGUUGUAGGGCAUCAAAAAUAAAAACGAUUCCAUUUCUCACAAGGAAAAUGUUCAAGGUGAACAUUGUAGGUAUGGUCCAAACUACUGCGAUAGGUAGUCCUAGGUAAGACUAUUCGAAAAAAAAAUUCUCUGAACCGAGAAAAUGAACAGAAAGGCUCAAAAACGGCUUCUCUCAGGAAAAUAUCGUUUUCAUGUUGCUAAUAAAAUAUAUUAUAAAAGGAUUCUUCAGAGAAACUAAAAAUACGGAUAAGAACAGUUUCUGUCUGAGCCUUUGCUCUUGGUUUUCGAUCGGCUUUUUCUCGCUUAUCAGAUAAUUCUCUCCUCUUUCGAUUUUUCUCAGGACUACCUAUCACAGUUAGGACCAGAUCUGCGAAAAUCCUUUUCAUUUUCGGUUUUUAAGGGGCAUUCGGAUCUGCGGUGUUGUAUCGACGGCGCGAUGACAGCUCGCUCGUGAUAAUAAAGGAGAUCAACAUGUACGACCUGGACAGCUCGCAGAGACAACUUGCUCUCAACGAGGUAUUAGUUGGUCCAGUUUUAAAAGACGCUAAGUGGAGUUGACGCGUUUCUUUACAAAUCAGGUUCAUAUUCGAGAAGACGUUGCGAUCUUGGCCUCGUGCUUUUUGAGGUUAUCAGGCGCGAAAAGUUUUAGUUCGGGCUCGUUUGAAGGCCAACGCUCCAGAACGAAGAAGUAUCGAGUCAUAUCGGGGCGAUACUAGGAUUUUAAGGGUCGAUGCGAAAAUCGUUUUAGAUCUCAAGCUUGUAAACUCAUCAAGUAUAAAAGCUGGUGGAGACAGAUUUAAAGCAUUUUCAAAAAACAAGGAAAAGUUUUUUUCAAGUUUAAAAGUCAGCAAAGACUGCCGUCGAACUUUCCUCGGAAAAACUUUUUUUUUGAACGUUUCAUAUAGUCCAUCCGCCGCCAUUUGACAGUUUUCGAGUGUCUGCAUCUCUCUGUUCCCUCACCGGCGAUGUCAGAAAACCAUGAAAAUAGUACGUCAACAUGAGAGGGUCGCUGAGAGACGAGGAGGGCGCAGAGAAGUCCUGCCAUUUGAAGUCGCGAUAAACCGACUUUUCCAGAAUUUAGGACGGAAUUUUUUAAAAUUAAUGGUCUAAUAUUCAAAGCCUUGCAGGUGUCUCUUCUCUCGAGAAUCGAACACCCCAACAUCAUCGCCUACUACGACUCGUUCGAAGAAGAAGGGCUCCUGAUGAUUGAAAUGGAGUACGCGGACGGCGGGUCUGUUCUUCGAAAUCUCUCCGACGGUUGCUUUGAAGGACGUUGGCUCAGAUGUUGUCGCGCAGUGAAGACCUGCUCCUGGAAGACGUCGUCAUCGAGAUGAUGCUCCAAAUGCUCUCCGCCGUCGGCUACCUCCACGAGAACAGCGUACUUCACAGGUUCUUCAACAUUUCUCAAACAUCAGGAAACUUUUGUUUACCGCGUUGCUAGGUAGUUUUUGCUCGUAACCAAUUAGUGGUGAAAGUUUCCAUCUCAAAAUAAUCCAAUCUAGUUUAGCCAUUCAGAUAUCAAACGCAGCCACAUAUACUUGAUGUUAAAAAGUUUUGGAAAAAAAAAUUCGAAAGUUGGUUCUUGCUAAGCAGCCUUCUCGAACUUAUUUGUUAGAUUCAGCACUUAGAAGAAGGUCAUUUCACUUCGCGGUUCAGAAUUUUCUAAAAAAAAUGGCCAGAGCACUCCUUGAUGUACCAGAAGAUUCUGAGAGUCUCAACCUGUUCGAUUUCCUAGUUUUCGAGAAAGAACACCGCAAAGCCAACGGAAGAACUAAAAAUCCGUAAAAAUAGGCGAUUUUUGGAAUUUUAGAGCUAGUUUUUCGGAAAUUCCGGAAAAUAAAAAGUUGUGCAGGUUUAACCUUCCAGAAUCUACUUUUGGCACAUCAAGGAGUUUUAUGGCCAAUUCUCAUGGAAUCCCCAACUUCCUCCCUUGUAUGCUAAUCAGAACUCGUCAUUUUUCAAAUAUGCACUUCUCCAAAUGAACCGUCUAUUAAAACGUUCAAAGUCUCUAGAGAGGCUUUAGAUAGAGUCGAAUUUUCAAUUUUAAAGACUUCUUAAAAUAUUUUAUUUCUUAUUUCAUCGAUAGAAAAAAAAAAUGAAGUUUUGUUAAGAGAUCUGAAAACGGCGAAUAUCUUCCUGACCAAGGACGCGUUUGUCAAGAUUGGCGACUUCGGCAUAUCGAAAAUAAUGGGAACAGACACACUGGCACAAGGAGCGAAGACCGUCGUUGGCACGCCGUAUUACAUCAGUCCAGAAAUGGUUUUGGUCCGAAAAAGAAAAUGAUAAACGGAUUUUCAGUGCUCUGGUAACACCUACAACGAAAAGAGUGACAUGUGGGCUCUGGGAUGUAUCCUCUACGAAAUGUGCUGCUUGCGGAAGGCGUUUGAGGGAGAAAACUUGCCGGCACUCGUCAACAACAUCAUGGCCGUAUGUGUUACCUUCAUUAACAACAGUUAUAGCCUGUGUACCACUUGUUGAAAUUUCACCAAACGACAUUCCGCUGUGCGAACCUUGGUCGCGCUUUUAAUUUUUUUUUUCUUUUAUCAAGGUGCUCUACUUUCAUGUGCUCCCACAGCAAUAAAAAUCAAUUAAAAGCGUGACCUAUAUUCGAAACACGCUUCGUGAACGCACGCGGCGGAACAGCGGAAUGUCGUUCCGUGAAAUUUCAAGUCGUGGCGCACAGACUAUAGCCGAGUUCCUCAAAGGAGACUUACUUAAGAAAAAAUCGUUGACAUGAGUAUUCUCACUGAGUCGAGUCUUACCGGGCCAGAAAAGGCUGCGAAGGAAGAUUCCUUUUCAACUUAUAUCAAAGCAAGGGAACUUUCCUAGUUGCACCUUUUUCCGGAGCACUAAAAAUACACGAAGAAGUCUGUUACAGUGCAGUUACGCCCCGAUCAAAGCGCCUUACUCGUCGGAGCUGAAAGUUUUGGUCCGCGAAUUACUGCAGCUGGACCCGCAGAAGCGGCCGUCCGCCGGCGACGCCCUCAAGAUGCUGAGGCCUUCGGACAUGCGCAGGAACAAGAAUGCUCUGCGCAGCGCCUCGACUUCCACCAAAACGUCUUCUCUUUACUUCUUGAACACGGGUUCCAUUGCACUUUCGCCAGUCCCACGGCUUCCGUCUAGGAUUUCUAUUCGUCAGGUUUAAUCAUAGGUCUUUUCUAGAACUUUGCAAAAAAUUUUUUUGUCAGAAAACAAUCAAAAGAAGUUUUCAAUUUAGAAUCUAUUUUUUUUUUUACCUUUUUUCGAUGCUGCCUGAUGCCCUCACAUCCCUUGCAAACGAGAAGCGAGAUUUAGGUGGCGGUUAGUGAGAGCCACACGCUGAUGCUAACCAAGGACAACCUUCUGUACGGCUGGGGACUGAAUCUCAACGGAGAACUCGGUCUCGGAGACACAAAGCCACGGUUGCUGGAAUGGAAAGAAAGGACAAUUUAAAGCUUUUCAGAGGCUACCCUCAGUUAAUUGAAGCUUUGAAAGGUCGCGACAUCCAGUCCAUCGCUUGCGGUAACGGCUUCAGGUGGGUGUUUUCGAAUCGAAUCAUUUUUCUUUGCAGGAUUUUCGAGUUCUGCCCACACACACUCUUUCAGUCAAUAAGCCCGAAUCAAAAUUGAUUUUUGAAUGAUUUUAUACUCUGGAAAUUGAACACAAUGAAACGAAAAAUAACCUAAGACAUGAAAGUUUUUCAGUGUCGUGCGUUGUGACCGAGGAACAAUCUUGGCUUUUGGGAAAGGAAAAUGCUUGGGGAUCGGCAAACAGGUGGAAAACGUCCUCAAGCCUACGCUCAUAGAACAACUUCUCCGGUUAACGAGACAUUUUUUUUGACAAUCAAAAGUUUUAAUUUCAGAGAUAACAUCAAAGAAGUCGUUUGUGGACUCGAACACGUAAUCGCCAUAACCGAAGCAGGAGAAUGCUAUGUCUGGGGUGAGAAGUCUGAAAUCUGACUCAUAAUUUUCGCUUUCAGGGGACGGUUCUGAUGGAAAAUUAGGCACGGGAAAUACUGGAACGGUUCAUUCUCCAACCAAAGUAUGUUUUUUUCUCCUAUUUUUAUAUAAAAAAAGUGCAGAACUAAGUUCUGUCUCGACCUUAUUUCAAUUCUAGAGACUUUAUAAACGGCAGGGAUCCGGGCCCUAGUUAAUUUUUGCAUCUUCUCAAGUUCAAAUUCCUAGGUUUUCUGCAAAUUUCAAAAAUAGUUGUUCAACGAAGAUCAAGAAUGUCAACGAAGAUCAACGCUAAAAAAAGGUCAAGAUACGACGCAAGCCAAAUUUUAAAAUAGGAGAAAAAUGUCAGCCCGAACGAACUCUUGGGAACAUUUUUGAAGUUCAGCCGUGAUGAUCUUACUAAAAAAAAGUAAUAAAUAUAGUCUGUUCAGAUGUUCAGUGUCAAGUGCAAUGACGUCAUUCAAAAACACUCUGUGGAUGGCUCGCUCUCUGAUUGGUUUAUCGCACCAUUAGGGGCGGUGCUUGAGCGACGACUUGAAAUUCAAAAUCUGAACAGACUAUAGGGCAAUAGGUGUCGUCAAUUUUUAUUAUCUAGAACUGACCUUAAUCAAACUUGGGAUUGGGAGACACCAAUUUUUUUCCUUUUCUGUUUGCAGAUAAUCAUACCGACGCCGAAACGGGUCGUGUACGGCAGAGCAGGCAAAGAUGCAACGAUUCUGAUGACGGAAGACGGACAACUGAUCGCCAUGGGAAACAACCGUCACAACAAGCUAAACCUGACCCAGAGACAGGGGUUCUUCGCCAAAGAAAGAAACGUUUGCCUGCCUUUCUUGUCCCUCGAAACGUUGCUCACAGGAAAACAGCGAGCUCGUGCUGAGGCCGACUCUGGUGAAGGCCUUUCCAGAACGUGUUGUCGACCUUCACGUCGGAUCAUCCCACUCAGGAGUGAUCUUAGAGUCUGGACAAGUGAUGCUCUUCGGGAAAAACGAGAAUGGCGAACUCGGGCUUGGGAACACGCAGCCGAUCGCCGUCCGGGGUCUCAAGCCUGUCAAAUCUCUUCUUCAACACGCAUGCACGGUUAUUUUUCUCUUCUUGAGUGCAGAAGCCGUUUUCCGGCAGUAUCGACGUUGCACUAUGAGAAGACGUUUACUCUGAACUAUUCUGAACCUUUUUUUUAAGUUUCGUAAAAAGGAGAUGAUUUAUGAAGAAAUCAAGAAAAUUUGGCUCAUUUUACUAUUUUAACUAAUACCCAGCCAUGAUGAAAUUUAUCCUAAAAACUGAAGCAAAAAAAAUCUCUAUGGUUUAGUAGGCAGCUUCGGAAGAUUCAAAGCUUUCUUCCUUUUUGAAGAAAAUAUGAGCAGUUCUUUGAGUAAGAUAAUAAUAGAGGGACUUAUAUUUUUUUUAAGAAUGAUAAAAUUUUUUUGAGAGAAUCUCUUUACAGCAAGUGAUCUGCGGGGAUGGAUUCACGCUUGUCCGGACAACGGAGAAUGAGCUCUUCUUCUGGGGACGAAAGCACGAUACCGGCGGCUCUGAAGAGCUCAGCCAGGCGAUCACCAUCGAAGAUCUCGAGUCUUCGCAGAAGAUCAGAGUCGUCGAGAACAGAAGGUUUGUUCUCAUGUUCUUUUUUUACUUAAGCUUCAAAGUGGAUAAUACUUCUGAACAAACUCUGAAGUUUACUGAACGAGAAAAAGCUUGGGUUUUCUUUAAUAAUAGUGGUUUGAACCAUCUACAGAAACGUCGGCACGAAGGACAAGCGUUGCCAGAAUGCUCUCGAGAUUUUCAACGACAUUAUCCCGUUGCCAUCGUUAAUCCUGAGGUAAAACCGUCGACCUUACAAAGCUCAUCGGCAUAAAAGGUUACAAGAGGGCAGCUCCGACAAAGGGCUACGGUUAUCUGGAAUGGCAGCCGUCGGCAAAAAAGUUCUCGUCGUCGUAGACAGUACGGAGGGAAAAAGGUUGUCAGUCUGGCCGGAGUCUCCAGAAUACCUGACUCAGGCUUCCGUCGGCCUUGACCCAGAAGACACGUUCUCUGUCGGUGACUUCUCUCGCUGAGCAAAGCCUCGUGAGGACUUGGCUUCGUGAAGAACUCAACCAGGCCGAAUUCAUCCCGAUCGACUCCACGAAGGUAAAUUAUCGCCCACAAGACUUCAUCACAUCUUUUUUUGUCUAGAGGAAAGUUCGUUUUAGCGGGACAGAUGAAGAAGAUCCGUGAGUUCUUUUUUUUCUACUGAAAGAAUCUAGCUCGUUCAGAAAGUUGAGUGCAUCAGACUCGGCAUUACUGAAAGAAAUAGAAAAUCUGAAGAUAAAGAUCAAUGAGCAGACGACAACUGUCGAAGGCCAUCAAUUGCAAAUGACAGAGCUUCAGGUAUCAGUACGUCGUUGUGCCGAGAAUGAACGCGAAUUCAGGAAAAACUCCUCGAGUUGCAGACGCGUCAGUCUUUUUUGAGAAAAGCAGAACCACCCCCUGCCUACGACAAGCGAUCCGUUCCUUACAACCGCCUUUUCCCUGAAAAUACGAGCAAAACUUGUGCUAUUCUGUGA